AUGUUGAAGCCAAUCACAUUCUACGAUAUCGCCUCGGGGCCGCCCAUACGCCCAUACGCACCGAAUCCUUGCAAGACAAGGUAUGCACUUAAUUUCAAGCGUGUCCAUUCCGGCUUGGAUUACGAGACUUGCUGGACCGAACUUACCGAGGUUACCAAAGUCCGCAUGGGCCUCGGCGCUCUCCCAUGUCGAAAACAUUACUUGGACAAUACCGACUUUUACACCCUACCAGUAGUAGUCGACCAUACCACCGGCCAAGUGGUAGGUGACUCGUUUGAAAUCGCUCUCUACCUUGACGCCGCAUACCCCAGCUCGCCGCAGCUUUUUCCCGACUCUGCAGCUGCCUUACACCGAGACUUUAAUGCCCAUGUGGACAAUGUCUUCGCCAAAUAUGUAGUGCUAGGUUAUCACAACAUGCCAUUCAACCCGAAGACUGCUGCAAGGGCUAGAGCCGAGUUCUGCAGGCGGGCGGCGAGGAAAGACUGGGACGAGUUCGCAGUCCGCGGCCACGAGAGGGCAGAGAUGCUCAAACAAUUCGAAAAGGCGCUUGGAGAGCUGGCAGAGUGGUAUGUCGAGAAGGGCAGUGGAUCUCUCCUUUCAGGGGCCACGACGCCGACGUAUGCGGAUUUUAUCGUAGGAGGCUGGCUGUGGAUGAUCAAAGAGACGCUGCCGGAGUGGAGCAUGGUUCGCACGUGGCAGGAUGGGCUGUGGGGAAGGCUUCAUGACACUCUAAGCCAAACGUAUGGGCAGGUGGAUUAG